AUGGCGGCACCAAGUGCAUCUUUGUACUUGCCGCCGAAUGUGCCGUCUUCACUCAACACCGGUCAGCCGAUGACCAACCACGGCAUGCACGUGCCGAGCAACCAGCAGUACUCGCCCCACCGGGAUCUGCCCGAGAUGAAGUACAUCCCGAACCAGCACCACCAGAACGGGCACGCCGGGCACCUGGGGCAGCACCACAACCCGUGGCUGAGCCCGAGCCCCCACGGUGACGGUGGCCACUGGCCCGGGAUGGCCCACCUGCAGCACCACCAGGAGAUGAAGGUGAGUCCGGUCAACCCGAUGGACGGGCACGGCGGCACGCUGCACCACCGGCCCCAGGCCCACCACCAGAUGCAGGUGCCGCAGCAGCACUGGUCCAUGCCGCCCUUGCAGAACCUGUCCUCGCUCCAGAACGCCAACCACCAGAUGCAGCACCAGUACGGCAUGAACAUGAACGGCAUGAUGUCGCCCUCGCACCAGAUGCACCACGUGCUCAGGGACCCGGACCACGAUCUCGACCCACACCCCCCGUCAGACGAGGACGCCCCGACCUCCGACGACCUCGAGGCGUUCGCCAAACAGUUCAAGCAGCGGCGAAUCAAGCUCGGCUUCACGCAGGCGGACGUCGGCCUCGCCCUGGGCACGCUCUACGGCAACGUCUUCAGUCAGACGACCAUCUGCCGCUUCGAGGCGCUGCAGCUGAGCUUCAAGAACAUGUGCAAGCUCAAGCCGCUGCUGCAGAAGUGGCUGGAAGAGGCCGACUCGACCACGGGGUCUCCGACGAACAUUGACAAGAUCGCGGCGCAGGGCAGGAAGCGCAAGAAACGGACUAGCAUCGAGGUGACCGUGAAGGGCGCCCUGGAAAGCCAUUUCAUGAAGUGCCCGAAGCCGUCGGCGCCCGAGAUCACUCACCUGGCGGACCAGCUGCAGUUGGAGAAGGAGGUGGUGAGGGUCUGGUUCUGCAACAGGAGGCAGAAGGAGAAACGGAUGACGCCCCCGGGGAAUAUCGGCCCCAACGGCGAGAUCAUCAUGCCGGAGGGCAACGACGACUCCUCUGCCAACGACGGCAGCCCCCUCCAUGACUCUUGCAGCCCCAUUCACAGCGGCGGGGGUGGAGGUGGGUCCCCCGUGAUG